ACACACACACACUCUCUCUCUCACAGGCAGUGCUUUUUUCUGGAAAACCCUUUUAGCCUCUGCAAUAAUUUCAGAGGAAAGGGGGAAGAUUCAGAGUUGAGAAGGAUGGCGACGUUUGCAGGGACGACGGAGAAGUGCAAGGCUUGCGAGAAGACGGUGUACUUGGUGGAUCAGCUUGCCGCCGACAAUAAAGUCUAUCACAAAGCUUGCUUCCGCUGCCACCAUUGCAAAGGCACCCUCAAGCUGAGUAACUAUUCCUCCUUUGAGGGUGUCUUGUAUUGCAAGCCACACUUCGAUCAGCUAUUCAAGAUGACUGGCAGUUUGGAUAAAAGCUUCGAAGGUAGUAUUAAUUGUUCGGAUCAUUAUUGCUUUUCAAUACGUACACAGAGCAGCAGCAAAAUCUCAAGUAUGUUUGCUGGUACACAAGACAAGUGUGUCGCUUGCAAGAAAACUGUUUAUCCGCUUGAAAAGGUGGCAGUAGAUGGCACAUCAUAUCACAAGGCGUGCUUCAGGUGCACCCAUGGCGGCUGUGUAAUCAGUCCUUCAAACUAUGUGGCCCACGAUCAGCGCCUCUAUUGCAGACACCACCACACCCAGCUCUUCAAGGAGAAGGGCAACUUCAGCCAACUUAGCAAGCAUGAUAAUGGCAAACCGCUGGCUGGAACAGAUUCAGCUGCUGCAUCUGAAUGAUAGAUACUGUAAGGUUUUUAUCGUUGCCCAAAAACAAGUCUCAAAUGUCUGGUUUGCCUUUGGAAUCCAUACCGGACAAGAAGGGCGAAAAGUGAGGAUGAACAGAACUGUUGAAACUCGGUAAUGCAGAAGAGUUCUUUUAAUGGUGAUAUGCAGAAUAUGUUAUUUUCCUGUUUGUCUGCAGGAUCUUGUUUUCUGAGUGUGAGGUGUUUCUGUGACUGUAUGGAUAGACCAUUGGUUUAUCCAGAAAGGUUUUUGGACUUUGGUUAUUUGGUUAUCAAUUCGGUUUGCUGCC